CUCGUGUCUCGAUCUCUGCCACAUAUAACUUUGUUUACAGUCAUUUAUCUUGAAAUUUUUUUUUUUUUUUUUGGGAAAAGGAAAGGCGUCAACUCGAAUUUAUUAAUUGUUGACUAUUCAACAUAAAAAUGCAUGAUUUAUUAAUCACAUCUCACGGCAUCAGUCAAGACACUACUAUGAUCAUUAGUUCAUUACCAAAACAUGAUCUCUUGCUCACCCUUCUUCGACAUCCCCUUCCUCCUCGCACUUGCAACCAUUCUUGUACUCACCUUAUUCAUCAUCCUAAAGCAGAAGCUAUCCAAAACCGCCGCUUCAAACCUGCCGCCGGGGCCAUGGAAGCUACCCAUCAUAGGAAACAUCCACCAGAUGGCCGGCGGCCAACCCCACCGGCGGCUCAGGGACCUGUCCCGCAAACACGGUCCGGACGUGAUGAGCCUUCAGCUCGGAGAGCUCUCUUACAUCGUAAUCUCAACUCCUGAAGCGGCCAAGCUAGUGAUGAAAACCCAUGACGUAGCUUUCGCUUCGAGGCCUUAUCUCCUGGCCCCGGACAUAAUCUACCACGGCUGCAAGGACAUAGGUUUCGCGCCCUACGGAGAGUACUGGCGCCAGAUGCGCAAGAUCUGCACCCUCGAGCUUCUCAGCGCGAAAAGAGUUCAAUCUUUCCGCCGCAUCAGGGAAGAGGAGGUGUCCAAUCUUGUGACCUCUAUCGCUCGCUCUGCAGCUGCAGGGGAGCCCGUGGAUCUCACCCGAAUGCUGUCCGCAACAACGAGCGCCAUAACUUCCAGGGCAGCAUUCGGUAAAGCGCAGGAACUAACCGAAGCAUUUAUGACCGUCGUCGAGAAUAUUUCGGAUGUUCUUGGAGGUUUCAGAAUCUCCGAUCUCUAUCCUUCCCUCAAGUUGCUGCCUGUCCUCACCGGGUUCAAAGCUAAGCUAGAGAAGAUGCGGGAGGCGUCGGAUUCGGUGCUGGAUCAAAUAAUCGAUGAACAUAAAUCGAGAAGAAGGGAGACAGUUGUAAAAGAUGAUCAUCAUGGACAGGAAGAGGAUCUUAUUGAUGUCCUUCUGAAUCUUCAGGAAGCCCAGCUGGAUCUUGGAGUUCCCAUCACAAUGGAGGCCGUUAAAGCAAUAAUACUGGAAAUAUUUCUAGCUGGCAUUGAAACAUCAGCUGCAGCAAUAGAGUGUAUCAUGUCGGAAAUGAUCAAUGAUUCGAGAGUUCUACAAAUGGCAAAACAGGAGGUCAGACGAAUAUUUGGUGAUGAUGGCAAAAAUCAUUUCGGCGAGGCAAGCAUUGAUCAAAUGAAAUAUCUGGAUAUGGUAAUCGCCGAGAGUUUAAGAUUACACCCGCCGGGUCCUUUGCUUCUUCCAAGAGAAAAUAGAGAUCGGAGGGUGGAGCUUGGUUCAUACGAGGUUCCUAUCAACACCAGUGUCAUCGUGAAUGCCUGGGCCAUCAAUCGAGAUCCUCGUUACUGGACAGAGGCCGAGAGAUUCUUCCCUGAGAGAUUCAUGGGCAGCUCAAUUGACUAUAAAGGAACCGAAUUCCAAUUCAUUCCAUUUGGUGCUGGAAGAAGGAUAUGUCCAGAAAUUUCUUUUGGAAUGGCGAUUGUGAAACUUACUCUUGCAAAUUUGCUAUUCCAUUUUGACUGGACGCUUCCUGCUGGACAGAAAAGCAUCGAUAUGACUGAAUGCUUUGGAGCGAUAUUGAAAAGACAACAUGCUCUCCAUCUAAUUCCAGUUUCAUAUGGUCAUCGUGCUUUUUGAAUGAAGGAUUUUGUAACAAAGAUUCUAAUAUUAUAUACGUGCUUUUCUUCUGUUCCACCCAAAAAACAUAUGUAUUUUGUGAGGUUUAUUUCGUCAAAAUAUUGUUACAUACUAUCAGAAUCGGUCCUUUAUUGUAAAAGACAAUAUGACACAAAGUGCUAAUUACUUUCGAUCCAAUUUGUAUUUUUAAUGUUGGUAUUUGCAUCUUUCUCUGGACAAAGAAAAAUACAAAAAUGCAUUAAAUAGGGUAUUUAUUUUCUUAUGAUGUGCUAAAUAUAUAAUAGAUUUGAUUUAGACCCAAAACUAAUAAAAAAUCAUAUAUUGAGUCCGCAAAAGUAAUCUUACCCUAAACCUUAUUUGGUCUAUAAUAAAAUGAAUUUGGGCAAUACCCUAAUUUGGGGUUGUUAUAAACGGGUUGUUACGGAUCGGAAAAUUGCCGGAAUCGAUAAAGCGAGAAUCGAAAAACACAGACACACGAUUUACGUGGUUCACUAACACGAUGUGUGUUAGCUAGUCCACGGAGGAGAGAGAGCCAGUUUCACUAUAUCAAGAAGAUUACAGAUUACAGAGGAGUAUGAGAAGUAUUUAUAGUACUUCUCCAAUCUGGUAAAGGAGUAUGUGGGUCUAAAUCUAAUCCAAUCUGGCAACGAAAAUGGUUACAGACCACGCCAAGAACCCAAACUCAAAUAACAUUGAGCUCAUACACCGCGAGACCCCCAACUACCAGUCAUAGCGGCUGAUAGUCUGAUUCAAGUCACAUCAACAUGGUUCUUCUUCUGCCAUCCCUAAUAAUGAUCAAAGCCACAGGCUAGAUGUUUUUACUCAUCCAACCAUAAGAAGCUAGUGGUGGAGCCAGUCCUAUUUGGAGCUGUUACGGGGACACACAUAAAAUUUGGAAGAAAAUUAUUGAAACCCAGAUAGGUGUACACAUUGAUUUUUUUUAUGGUUAAAUCAAAAUUGCAUUAAGAACCGACUCCAAUAGCAAAAACGCUAUGGAGCCUUCCAAAGACAAACCGUUUAUGCACAACAAACCCUCAAAAAAGGAAACCUAUCAAAGUAAACCAAAAACACUACCCCAAGUCCCUAGAAUCAAAGCAAUCAAUCAAAGCUUGAUUCUGAAGACAUCGACUCCUAAUACUCCGUUUAGCAACAAGAAACAACUGAGAGGGACUCCUGUUGCGCCAGAUCCAUACAACCUGGAGCACCUUUCACGCCACACAAGACUCACAAUUCACACUCCAACUAACACGACAGAAAAUAGCAGAAGGCAUAUCCCCUCUCCACUCCUUCAAACACCACUGUAAAACGGCUUGCCAACUAUUACAAACAGGAGGAGAAUCACCGUGCAAAAUUACACUAUUCAAAUGUUGAAUAUAAGGACAAGCAGAGAACAAGUACCAUCGGUUUUCCACACCACCAGGGCAUAAAGUACACAUCUCCGAAACUUGCUUACCCCAAGCCAGGAGUUUGUCCUGAAGUUUCAUGCGAUCAUUGACCACCAGCCAAAGAAUAAACCCAUUCCGUGGAAUAAUAGACUUGCCCCAAA